GGUGGCGCUGAUGGUCUCUGGUUUGGAGGAUUUUCUCAUUAAUGGGGAAACUUCAACCACACCUCAGGGAUCUGGAAACACAGAGUCAUUUCACCCUCAGCUCUCUACCGCACAAGAGUCGCUUCACUCCAGCUGAUCACUGGGACUCUCGUUUACCUCAAGACUCAUCUGUAACCGCUCUGCCUCAUAUAAACCCCACAGUCCUACAGAAUCAACUCGAAAUAAGGGGGAAGGAAUAAGGGGUCUUGUAUAUAGACUUAAAGCAAAGACAUCAACAAGGAUUCUGUCAGUGAUCAGGACAGAGGUUCUUGGACGAGCCACAGCUUCUGUCGCUGGGUGUUGAGGAUUAGAUUCUCUCUCUAUCUCGUCUGUAACCGGCCUGCAGGGUGGCGAGAGAGAGGGGGGAACCCAACCGGUGCUUGCCGGAGAUGAGUGCGUUCUGGCAUAAGAUCGGCUGCUGCGUGGUAGCCAAACCUCCUCCGAAGAAGAAACGAAGGAGAAUUGACCGGAGCAUGAUCGGAGAGCCCACAAACUUCAUUCAUCUGACACACAUAGGCUCUGGUGAAAUGGCAGAUGGCAUGCAACCGUCUGGCCCGAUACAGGAACAAAUGAGAUCCAAAGUGCCUCAUGCUAAUGGACGAAACAGCUUGUUAUAGCCCUUCACCUGCAUCUUUGUUUUUUUACCCGAAGCCCCGUUAAGUGUCCUCAGCAGAGCCUGUGCAGCUAGCAGCACUGCACCGGUGACGAGGAGAUCAAGCGCACAUCCUGGUCACAAAAAUGACAACCUCCUUGCUGCAGCUACCAACAUGCAGGUUUUUAUGCUUUGGAUCCUCAGGAAUGUCUCAGAUGAGAUGUUUCAACACCCCCCCCUCCCCUCCCGCCACCUCACUCUAAGACUGUUAUUAAAUUUGGACCGGAUUAUAUGAGAACACCUGAUAAAGAGUGUGAAUGUGUGCCGUGUGCAUUUGAGGCACUGGCUGUGCUUGCUGUGGAAGAGGAGAGGCACUUAUCGCUUUAACACAGGGGACUAUUUGACUGCCUUCCCAAAGUUACAACUGGCAUGUUUGUCAUAGUCUGUCAUUGAUAAGGGUGUGCGCAAGUGUGUGCUUGCUUUUGUUUUGUAAUGGAAAUGUAUGUGCACCAAUACCAUUAUCGUGUGCAUUAUACAAAACAAUCCGGUAUGUGUAUUGAAGAUUAAUAUAAUAUGAAAAUACGGAAUAUACGGAAUAAUUACGGAAUAAUUUAAUAUUGCAUUAACAAAUAAUGGCCUUUAUGACUAUAAAGGAAUAGUAAAAAAAAAAUUCAUCUUCAAGUCAUUCCAAACCCAUAUAAGUUUCUAUAAGUUUUCAUACAGUGAUUUUCAGUUUAACAUCAAUGCGGAGUAACACAACGUUUAAGUUUCUAGAAGUGUCCCAUAUUCCAAGUUUUCCAAUUUAUUUAUUUGAGUAACAGACCAAAUGUGCCGUUAUUCAUUGAUUAUCGUCCUCUCAAGUGAAAUGUUAAUGUGAGUAUUACAUGCUACAGAAACAUUGAGUCGAUAAUUUGGCAAGUGAUCAUAAGGCUUCAGGUGACAGGAGUAUAAAAUGAUUUUGGUGGACCAUAUUUUGCGCUUCUUUUAUUUUUGGGGGUAGGGGAGCAACUAACAGGCUUCUAAAAUUCUCCACUGUCAAAAGAAUAACUGCGUUUAAGUUUGGAAUGAUGUAAGGAUGAGUAUCAUUUUUUUUAAUGUCUUUAAUCCUUAAGUAUUAUAAAAAAGCUAUUAUCUGUUAAUGUGAGUGGAGACUUUGAACGGUUUCUUCCUGCCGGUAGCGAGCCACUGCCCUUUGUCAUUUAAACCAGACUCUCAUUUUCACACAUCAGGCUCCACCCCACACAAGCUCAAACACACACUUUCUGUGUUUCCAGUCCUCACACGGCACCACGAUUAAAUCACUGGUUCACACACACACACACACACACACACACACACACUUUGUAUACUUUCUCUGUACUUUGUUUUUGAAUGCAGCUCAAUGAAGCACAAUGUCGGGCUGAGAUUUUAAACACAAUGUUUUUGCUUGUAAUUGUGAUGUUUUAUUUUGAAUGCAUUGCUUUGCAAGGUCCCAAACUGUAAUUUACUUUAAGUGUUUGCUGUAAUUUGUUAGGGUAUGUCAUAGGACAAAAAUGUGGGUAGCGAAAGCUUUCAGAAUGUGCAUGUUGCUUUAGAAAUCUAGAGUUUAAGCCUAUUUUUAGUGGAAAUGCAUUUCAUUCUGAGCUGACAGUGUAGUGAAACAUGCAGAUGUCUGCAUCUCAGCCAAAGACCUCGACAGCUCCCUUAACUUAAUUAUACAUGUUGCUUGCAGAUUCUCUCACUUUUUGGUUUUGUUUGUGUGACUGUUUGGGCUUUUUUUUUUAUUUUUUAUAAGUAUCUGUAUUUUUAAAGCCAUAAUGUUUGUGCAAAGCACUCAUUAGGCUUUUUUUUUUGUCUUUAAUACUUUUAUUCUUUUAUAUAAACAUCUUUUAGUCUAUUAGUCCAACAGAUUGAUUUUGUGAUCAGAUGUGAGCAGUAAUACUUUUCUGUUCAUAUAGCAUGAUGUUAUGUUUUUAUUGUGCUUUGGUUUGUAACAAUACAAUUGUACAAAGUGCA